AUGUCUCUCUUCUGUUGCCUGUCAUCCUUCUUUCCUUUUUCCACUCCAACCCCACCCCCUUUGUUCGCACCAUUUGUGGCCCUGGACCAGGUGGAGAAAUGGAACCGCCGCGACCAGAAGCUGCUGGAGGCAGUGCAGCGGGGGGAUGUGGGACGCGUGGCCUCCCUGGCCUCGAGGAAGUCGGCCCGACCCACCAAGCUGAACUCGAGCGGCCAGUCCUCGUUUCAUCUGGCAGCCUCCAAAGGCCUGACAGAAUGUCUGACUAUCCUGCUGGCAAAUGGAGCUGACAUCAACAGCAAAAACGAGGAUGGAAGCACUGCCCUGCACUUGGCCACCAUCUCCUGCCAGCCACAAUGUGUCAAAGUCCUGCUGCAGCAUGGUGCCAACGAAGAUGCUGUGGAUGCAGAGAAUCGUAGUCCGCUGCACUGGGCAGCCUCCUCUGGCUGUGCCUCAAGUGUUCUCCUGCUGUGUGACCACGAAGCCUUCCUGAACGUCCCAGAUAAUGACGGACGUACACCCCUGAUGAUCGCAUCGCUGGGUGGCCAUGCAGCUAUCUGCUCACAGCUACUGCAGAGAGGUGCCCAGGUUAAUGUCACGGACAAGGAUGCCAAGUCGGCUCUGAUCCUGGCCUGUGAGAAAGGCAGCGCGGAGGUGGCCGAGCUGCUCCUGAGCCACGGGGCAGACGCAGGGGCGGUGGACAACGAGGGGCACGACGCUCUGCAUUAUGCUGUACGCUCGGAGGACAGGGAGCUGUGGAGGCUGCUCCGGCAGGCCCUGCUCCGGCAGGGGCGGCAGGGAGGUCAGGGGCUUGCUCAACAUCUGGAUCUUACAUCCCAGGCCUCCCCAUCAGAGUCUCUGGUGGUUUCUCCACCCCAGAGCCCGUGGAGAGCGGAGCCCGAGGAAGAGGAGGAGGAAGACCCAUGCCCGGAUGAGUGGAGGCGGAAGUAUGAAGAGGAGCAGAGGAAGGUUUCUCAGUUGGAGCAGGAGCUGGUGCGAAAGACGGAAGAGAGCGAGGCUCGAGCUGCAGCCUGCCUGGGCCUGGAGAACGGGAUUCGAGAGCAGGUGCAGGAGCUGGGGCUUCUCCUAUCACCACAGCCUGGGACUCCAGGAGGGCAGGGCUCUAGUCUCCGGCCUGGAGGAGAUGGCAUGGAGCAGGGUUGUCCCCUGGACCUUCUGGCCGAGCGCAUUCAAGAACUAAAGAAGCAGCAGCAGGCAGCAGCUGCAGCUGCAGCCAAACGGGCGUUAGCUUCUAAGAAAGCAGAGGAUUCGGUCUCGGGGGAGGUCCCGUAUGAAGCCCCUGGAGGGGCCCAACCGGAAGAACAGGGGCCACCCCAGAGCCCCAGGUCUGAGACCAUUGGGAAAGCCACAGGACAGCAGCUGACCACCAGCGGUGGACAGGCCCUUGGCCCUGAUCACACCGACAAGCCACGUGCUGGCCAGAAAGAGGGGCCCCGGGCCCCAGGGGCUGAACCAGCAGGCACCGCGGCUGCACCAGUGGGCCCCGGAGACGUGAACCAGCUCCUGCUACAACUGAGGGAGGAGCUGGCCGCGGUGUGGCGAGAAAAGGAUGCCGCCCGAGGGGUUUUGUCAAGGCCGGUCCUGGAGGGAGCUCUGGGGACACCCCGGGCCGAGGCUGCGGCGGCCGCCUGGGAGAAGAUGGAGGCCAGGCUGGAGCAGGUGCUGGUGAGGCUGGACAGGGCCAAGGCGGGAUUACCCGUGAGCCCUGACGCCGCUGCCCGGCCCGGAGAGGGAGCCCUGCACGCCGGCCCAGAGACCACCUCCGAAGAGAAUGAAGGGGGGCGGCCAGGGGCUCCUGGGGCUCGCGGAGAGCCUCUAGGGGCCCCCGCAAGGGGACAGGUGCCUGGAGGAGGUCCGGCCAAGGGACGGUUGGAGAAGGAGGUGGCGGCCCUGCGGCUGAGCAACAGUAACCUGCUGGGGGAGCUGGGUCAGCUGGGGCAGGAGAGGCAGCGGCUGCAGGGGGAGCCGCAGUCCCUGAGUCAGCGUCUGCAGCGGGAUUUCGUCCCCAAGCCGGAGGCGCAGGACCAGCUGCGGCAGUUGCGGCGCAGCGUGGGGCUGCUGACAGAUGAACUGGCCGCGGAGAAGGAGGCCACCGAGCAGCUGCGGCAGCGCCUGGCCUCCCAGAGCAGUGGCCUCCGCGGGCUGUGGGACGACCUGCCGCCGGACGUGGUGGGCAGGGGCGUCGCGGGGCGCACGGCGGCCGAACCCCUGGAGGAGCUGCGGGCCUGCAUCCGCGCCCUGGCCGACGGGCACCGCGAGGCCCAAGACUCGCUGGCCCGGCUGGAGCAGGAAAACCGGCGGCUGCGCGGGUCCCCCGGCCCCCGCGGGGAGCCACCCGGCACCUUCUCACAGGGCCCAGUCUCCCCCCAGGUGGCCGCUCUGGAGCAGGACCUGGGGAAGCUGGAGGAGGAGCUGCGGGCCGUCCAGGCCACGAUGAGCGGGAAGAGCCAGGAGAUCGGGACGCUGAAGAAGCUGCUGUACCAGGCCACUGAGGAGGUGGCCGAGCUGCGGGCCCGUGAGGCCGCCAGCCUGCGGCAGCACGAGAAAACGCGGGGCUCGCUGGUGGCCCAGGCCCAGGCUUGGGGCCAGGAGCUGAAGGCCCUCCUGGAGAAGUAUAACACGGCGUGCCGGGAGAUGGGCCGGCUGCGCGAGGCCGCGGCGGAGGAGCGGCGCCGCAGCGGGGACCUGGCGGCGCGGGCCGCAGAGCAGGAGCGCCAGGCCGCCGAGCUGCGCGGGCGCUCCCAGCAGUUUGAGAAGACGGCCGAGGUGCUCAGGGACAAGGUGGAGCAUCUCAUCGGGGCCUGCCGGGACAAGGAGGCGAAGGGUUACAUGGAACAAGAUGUGUAUAAUAUUCUGCUGCGAAUCCUCAGCAUACAGGAAGAGUGA